AUGAAGUCCACCUUCGCGUUCCGCGCGCUCUUCCUCAUAGCCCAAUACUCGCUUGCCACCGCCCAGCAAACCCUCAAGACCCUAAACAUCGUCGCCCACCAAGACGAUGACCUGCUCUUCCUGAGCCCCGACCUCCUGCACAACGUCCACGGCGGUGCCGGUCUUCGCACCAUCUUCCUAACCGCCGGCGAUGCUGGCAAUGACUGGGCAUACUGGAACGGCCGCCAGGCGGGCUCUCUAGCCGCCUACGCCCAGAUGGCCGGGGUCGCUAACGAGUGGACCGAAAGCGACUCGGGUGCCCCAGACACCGACAUCCCCGUGUACACACUGAACGGGCGAUCCGACAUCUCGCUCGCCUUCCUGCAGCUCCCUGACGGCGGCCUCGACGGCACGGGCUGGGAAUCCACCCACCAUGUCUCUCUCCUGCAGCUCUGGAACGGCGAUCUCGAGUCCAUUGAAACGCUCACCGGCUCGACAUCCUACACCAAGGACAAGCUGCUAUCUACGCUUGCGUGGCUGAUCGAGGACUUCGAUCCCCUGCGCAUCAACACCAUGGACUAUGUGAACGAUGUGAACAUCGAUUUCGACCAUCCCGAUCACUCGGUGACGGGCUUCUUUGCGGACAACGCGGAGCGCCAGUCUACGUCUAGCGCGGAGCUGGUUGGCUACUUGGGAUAUUCGACGAAGGAUCGGACGCCGAAUGUCGGCGGCGAUGAUCUUCAGCAGAAGCAGGAUACGUUCUUUUUCUAUGCUGGAUAUGACCCCGGUACUUGCAACAGUGUUCAGACGUGCUCGGGACGUCCCGAGUUGGAGUGGCUGUCGCGCAGUUAUAUACUCUAA